GAGCUCUGCGUCGCUCCCGUUUUCUAAUCGUCUCGCUCUCGCUGCCGCCGCGGCGCCGCUGGUGCUGGCUCGUGGUGGGAGCAGCUUUGGAUUGGCCGCGCCGCGCCACUACAUGAUGCAGUUCACGCACACCGCGCCUGCACCCCCACCGCCUCUGCACCCUAACGGGCAUGGAGGGCUAGGGUUAGGGUUGUACCUGGACGUCGGCGCGACGAGGGGAGGAGGAGGAGGAGGGCGGCCGUGGUUGGGCGCCGGGAGCUUCGUCGGGCCGGCGGCGACGGCGACGGCUGCGGCGACGGCCAAGAUCUCGUUGGGGAACCUCAACAGCACGAGCUGCAUGGAGCAGCUGCUGGUGCACUGCGCCAACGCCAUCGAGGCCAACGACGCGACGCUGACGCAGCAGAUACUCUGGGUGCUGAACAACAUCGCGCCGGCGGACGGGGACUCCAACCAGCGGCUCACGGCGGCGUUCCUGUGCGCGCUCGUGUCGCGGGCGUCGAGGACGGGCGCGUGCAAGGCGGUGACCGCGGCCGUGGCGGACGCGGUCGAGUCGGCGGCGCUGCACGUGCACCGCUUCACGGCCGUCGAGCUGGCCAGCUUCAUCGACCUCACGCCGUGGCACCGGUUCGGGUACACGGCGGCCAACGCCGCCAUACUCGAGGCCGUCGAGGGGUUCCCCGUCGUGCACAUCGUCGACCUCGGCACGACGCACUGCAUGCAGAUCCCGACGCUCAUCGACAUGCUCGCCAGCCGCGCCGAGGGGCCCCCGAUCCUCCGGCUCACCGUGGCCGACGUCGCGCCCAGCGCGCCGCCGCCGGCGCUCGACAUGUCCUACGAGGAGCUCGGCGCGAAGCUGGUCAACUUCGCGCGGUCCCGCAACAUGUCCAUGGACUUCCGGGUGGUGCCCACCUCGCCGGCCGACGCGCUCACGUCGCUGGUCGACCAGCUCCGGGUGCAGCAGCUCGUCUCCGACGGCGGCGAGGCCCUCGUCGUGAACUGCCACAUGCUCCUGCACACCGUCCCCGACGAGACGGCCGGUUCGGUGAGCCUGUCGCAGCCGCCGGUCUCCCUCCGGACCAUGCUCCUCAAGUCGCUCCGGACGCUCGACCCGACGCUGGUGGUGGUGGUGGACGAGGACGCCGACUUCACGGCGUGCGACGUGGUCGGGAGGCUCCGGGCGGCGUUCAACUUCCUGUGGAUCCCGUACGACGCCGUGGACACGUUCCUCCCCAAGGGGAGCGAGCAGCGGCGGUGGUACGAGGCGGAGGUGGGGUGGAAGGUGGAGAACGUGCUGGCGCAGGAAGGGGUGGAGAGGGUGGAGCGGCAGGAGGACAGGGCGAGGUGGGGGCAGCGGAUGCGCGGCGCCGGGUUCCGCGCGGCGGCGUUCGGCGAGGAGGCGGCCGGGGAGGUGAAGGCGAUGCUGAACGAGCACGCGGCCGGGUGGGGGAUGAAGCGCGAGGACGACGACCUUGUGCUCACAUGGAAGGGGCACAACGUCGUGUUCGCCUCGGCAUGGGCGCCGUCCUGAUCGAUCGGCACGCCGCAUGUGUACGGACGGCCGCCGCCGCCGGCGACAAGCUGUGCUACUAAAUCUCUAUGAACUUCAUUAGCAUGUGACACAGAAAGUCAGAAACCUUGAACCACUACGUACGGUUGCAACCCCCCGGCUCCAAAAAUGCAAAAAAUCUUCACGGGUAUUUGAUCAGUAUGCAGUAUACGUCCCACAUCCAAAGUGCAUCAAGAAAUAGAUAUGUAUAUGUGUUUUUCUUUCAUGAUUUACAAAGUUUUCUGUAAGAGGGAACCGAACCAAAGUUUUUUCUUUAUGCUAUUGUGUUAAUUCUAUGAAAAACCGGACAGAAGCUAGGUGAAAUAAUACCA